AAACACAGCAAGUUCCACAUGUGUGAGUCAGCACUUUUCCACUUGGCACCUUUAUCAAGAUCUUCAGAACUUCCUCGAAACAGAGUCUCCAUCGAUCAUGGACCUGGUACCUAUUGCAGACUUUUUCAAGCUCCAGUUCCCAGCUUCCGUUGCUUUCACCUUCCUUCUUGGCAGCGCCUUUCAGCACUGUGGUUUGGAGGGAGAUCGCCCCCUUUUUGCUUCGAUCCGGGGGUGGUUCGACAUCUUCUGGAUUUGGCUGCUGCAGGCAAGGGUUUCGAUGGCCACCGCUAUGACCUGCAACGCUUGUAACGUGACCUUUUCAGAUGAAGCUGCUCAAAAGGUCCACUACAGGUGCGACUGGCAUCGGUAUAAUCUGAAGCGCAAGGUUGCCGGUCUCCCCGGCGUUACUGAUGCGUGGUUUGAGAAGCGGCGGGAGGCGCUCGCAGCAGAGGCGACCACUGCAGAGCGGCUUCUGUACACAUGCACGCUAUGUGGAAAGCAGUACUCGAGCGAGCAGGCGUACAAGCAGCACCUGCUCACAAAACAACACCUCAAAAGAGCGGCUGCGGCGCCCGAGGGUUCUGCAGCACCUGAGGCAAAGAUCCGGCCUGCGCCUGUGCGCGCACCGGUAGAGAAUGGGGCGCAGCGAGGCAAAGAAUUAGAAAAGGAAGAGGAAAGUGAGGAUAGCGACUGGGAGGAGGUUGAUGGGGACGAAGUAGAAGAGGAGGCUGCAGGGGCGGCGCAUGAGCGGAGGGGCGAGGAGAGCACGUCUAUGGAAGAGGACGGGCCUGAGUGGGACCCAACGCAGUGCCUGUUCUGCGGGAAGGAUCACAAGGGGGACGUGGAGGCAUGUGUGGCGCACAUGCACUCGGCCCAUGGGUUCUUCAUACCGGACGUGGAGUAUGUCAAGGACCUCACGGGCAUGCUGCAGUAUCUGGGGUUCAAGGUGUCGGUAGCUCACAUGUGCCUGCUGUGUGACACGAGCGGGCGUCACUUCAGCAGCAUGGAGGCCGCGCGGAAGCACAUGGCCGAUAAGAGCCACUGCAAGUUGCCGUACGAAGACGGGCCUGACGAGGAGCUGGCAGCCUUCUAUGACUUCUCCUCCAGUUACGCGGAUGCCGACCACAUGCAGCUUGUCUCUGCGAACGGCGCUGAGCCGGGUCUCGCGCUGUCGGAGACUGGAACCGAGCUCAUCAUCACGGAUUCUUCGGGGGAGUCGUCCAAGGUAAUUGGAUCGCGGGAGUUUGCGCGCUACUACAAGCAGCGGCACCGGCCUAAUGAGCGGCGCGAGGUGGCGCUUGUAAACCAGGUCGUCGGAAGGUACCGUGCUCUGGGGCUGGCCACAAAGCAGCACCAGUGGACAUCGGCCACAGACCAGGGUGUCAAGCAGGCGCGGCGGCUGGAGCAGCAACGGACCCGGGUGAUGAUGAAGGCGAACGUAAAUAACAACCUGCCCCGAAACGUCCCUUACUAGGCGAUUGAACUUGGGAAGCACCAGCGGCCUUGUCUUAUGGAGUUAGCAAAUAAGUUCGAAACGUUUCAGGUCGUUAAGAAACGGGGCACCUCCUUGGGGCGGAGGAUAUUACCCGAUCUGCCAACUUCUUUGAGCCCAGUUCGCUUUGAACAUGUCAACAGUACAUAAUCAGGAUCUGGCUUGAGUACGGGCAAGGUAGUCCUGCACGAACAAUAAGACCAAGGAUGGUGCCAUGUCGUGAUUGUAGUUUGGGGACAUUGACUUCAUUGGCGCGAUGGGACAUUUUCUGCAUGAAAGUAUUAUCUUUACUGGCAAUCAUGCCUUCAAUCGCCGUCUAUGUAGUAUGGC